CAUCAUCUGAGCCGUUGCUUAUUCUUCAUCACAGCACAGCAGCAUCUCAAUCCUAAUUAAUAACUGAUAUCGUCUCGGACGGAACGAAUCCUUCUUUUUACUCGCUAAACGCCGCUUACCUUCUGUGUAGGUUGCAGCGCCAGUUUUAGUUCCGAUCGAGGUAAAGUUUUCAUUACUAUUUGUUUAACGAUAAUUGAUUGAUUAUGCUGUUAGUUCGAAUCCUCAAGUAUGAUCGUUAGGGCUUGCAGCAGCAGCAACAACGAAGAGGCGUAAGAAUCGUUCUUCUAAUCUUUUGUGUAGAUUCCAGCCCCCACCCAGUUUAGAGCAACAGCAACAACAAUGAAGAGGUGUAACAAGCUUAAGAAGAUUGAGUUGCCUGAUUCUGUUAUGUCGUAUAUAUUUUCCAUGUUAAGUUUGAAGGAUUUGGUUAAAACCAGUGCAUUGUCCAAACAAUGGAUUCGCGAAUGGGGACUAAGGACAGACCUCAACUUUGAUCUCUAUAACAUGUUUGAUUAUAAUACAAUUCAAGACUUACCAAAAAGUAUUCCAAGUCUUCCAAUCUUUCAAACUUUUCACUUUCAAUCUGAAUUUGCCACUAGACUGGAUCAAUUCAUGCUGCAUUAUCAAGGUGCCGUCAUCCAUUCAAUUCGACUAAAUUUUCCAUUAGGCGAGGAUGAUACUGAUGUCAUUGAUAGACUCAUCUCCAAAGCAAUUACUAAGGGUGUCAAACGUAUUGAACUGCUCUUCCCGAUUGAAAUAAAAGAUUUCGAUGAGUAUAGCGUGACUGGACCGAUAUUCCCAUACAAACUUUCACUUACUCUCUUAUCUGGCACUGAUUCUCUGACGUAUCUACACCUAUAUAAUUGCUGGCUAGCAAAAGAACCUGCAGACUUUUCUGGAUUGAAAAACCUAACAACAAUUGUGAUGGAUAGACUCGUUGAAGAUUAUUAUACGCACAUGUUGUCGCAGUUGUUUUCAGAAUGUCUCCAAAUUGAGGACGCCACCUUUAAGAAUUGCAAGCUCAAAUGGCCAAUUAAAAUUACCGGUCCAAAGUUGCGUCAUUUGAACAUAAUUAAUUGUGGUUUUGGGGUUUACUCUCCUAAAAUGAUAGACAUUGAUGCAUUGAAUCUCUCAUCCUUUGAAUUUAGCGGUAUCAACACGAAACAUAUCUCUGUUAUGGCUCCAAGGUUAUUGAAUGUUUUCUGGAAUGCAGCUGUAAGAGAGAAAAAUCAAUACCCGUUUUCUACAAUUGCAAAAUUAACACAUAUUGAGAAUUUAGCUAUGAUCAUCACUCCUUCACAGAUAGAAGAAUUAACAGACGAGUUGGUUCGAUUUCAAAAUCUUAGACAACUAGAGUUAUUUAUCGAGGGAGCAUAUGAUCCCAAUAUGGACUACUUUUGGAUUUUAGAUAUUGCAAUGGCUUCUCAACAUCUCCACAAAUUUUCGCUGACGGUUAGAAAUCUACAACCAGAACAUUCACAUAUGGUUGGAUUCAAGAGGCAAAAAAGAGAAUAUGCAGGGUUUACUCAUAAUAAUUUGAAAUAUGUGAAGUUUUGUGGUUGUGUUUGCUCCAUAAAUGUUAUCGCGUUAGCUAGUCACCUAUUGAGGAAUGCAAGUUCGCUUGAGAAAAUGACUUUCAGUUCUUGUGACAAAUUCUAUAUAGGUGUCGGUGGAUGGACUAACGACUCUGAUGGUUGUUGUGGGUUUGAACAUAAUAUUAUUCAUGAGAUGCUUAAAGAUGAAGUAAAUGAACAAUGUCAACUUAUAAUUCUAUAGUGGUAUUUUUUUAUAUUUAUAACGAUUUUUUACCAUUUAUGUUAGUAAUAAAUCCAUACAAACAUUGUAUAAUUUAGUUUAUUUAUGAAUUAUAAUAUUAACUAUCCUUUUGGGUUCCUUUAUUUUUAUAUGAAGGAAUCAUUGUAGUGUACUAGUACUAGUGUUAGACAUGUACUCUUAUUGAACAAACAUUUAAUUACUUUUGAUGAAAGGCAAAAUGCUUUUUUUUUGUUCAAAA